AUGAGGGGUAAAAAUAUUUCCAUCAUGGCUCAUUCAAAGACAAGGACCAAUGAUGGAAAAAUUACUUAUCCUCCUGGCGUCAAGGAAAUCUCAGAUAAAAUAUCGAAAGAGGAGAUGGUGAGACGGUUAAAGAUGGUUGUGAAAACUUUCAUGGAUAUGGACCAGGACUCUGAAGAAGAAAAGGAGCUUUAUUUAAACCUGGCUUUACAUCUAGCUUCAGACUUUUUUCUCAAGCAUCCUGAUAAAGAUGUUCGCCUACUGGUAGCCUGCUGCCUGGCUGAUAUUUUCAGGAUUUAUGCUCCUGAAGCUCCGUACACAUCUCCAGAUAAACUAAAGGAUAUAUUUAUGUUUAUAACAAGGCAAUUGAAGGGGUUAGAGGAUACAAAGAGCCCACAAUUCAAUAGGUAUUUUUAUUUACUUGAGAACAUUGCUUGGGUCAAGUCAUAUAACAUAUGCUUUGAGUUGGAAGAUAGCAAUGAAAUUUUUACACAAUUAUACAGAACAUUAUUUUCAGUAAUAAACAAUGGCCACAAUCAGAAAGUUCAUAUGCACAUGGUAGACCUCAUGAGUUCCAUUAUUUGUGAAGGUGAUACAGUAUCUCAGGAGCUUUUGGAUACAGUUUUGGUAAAUCUGGUCCCUGCCCAUAAGAAUUUGAACAAACAAGCAUAUGAUUUGGCAAAGGCUUUACUGAAGAGGACAGCUCAAGCUAUUGAACCAUAUAUUACCAAUUUUUUCAACCAGGUUCUGAUGCUUGGGAAAACAUCUAUCAGUGAUUUGUCAGAACAUGUCUUUGACUUAAUUUUGGAACUCUAUAAUAUUGAUAGUCAUUUGCUGCUCUCAGUUUUACCCCAGCUUGAAUUCAAACUAAAGAGCAAUGAUAAUGAUGAACGCCUGCAAGUUGUUAAACUACUAGCAAAAAUGUUUGGGGCAAAGGAUUCAGAAUUGGCUUCUCAAAACAAACCACUUUGGCAGUGUUACUUGGGCAGGUUUAAUGAUAUUCAUGUACCAAUACGCCUGGAAUGUGUAAAAUUUGCUAGCCACUGUCUCAUGAAUCAUCCUGAUUUAGCCAAGGACUUAACAGAGUAUCUUAAAGUGAGGUCACAUGACCCUGAGGAAGCUAUUAGACAUGAUGUUAUUGUGUCUAUAGUUACAGCUGCUAAAAAGGAUAUUCUUCUGGUCAAUGAUCACUUACUUAAUUUUGUCAGAGAGAGAACUUUAGACAAACGGUGGAGAGUGCGAAAAGAAGCCAUGAUGGGACUUGCCCAGAUUUAUAAGAAAUAUGCUUUACAAUCAGCUGCUGGAAAAGAUGCUGCAAAACAGAUUUCAUGGAUCAAAGAUAAAUUGUUACAUAUAUAUUAUCAAAAUAGUAUUGAUGAUCGAUUGCUUGUUGAACGGAUCUUUGCUCAAUACAUGGUUCCCCAUAAUUUGGAAACUACAGAACGGAUGAAGUGCUUAUAUUACUUGUAUGCCACACUGGAUUUAAAUGCUGUGAAAGCAUUAAAUGAAAUGUGGAAAUGUCAAAAUCUGCUCAGACAUCAAGUAAAGGAUUUGCUUGACUUAAUUAAGCAACCCAAAACAGAUACCAGUGUCAAGGCCAUAUUUUCAAAAGUGAUGGUCAUUACAAGAAAUUUGCCAGAUCCUGGUAAGGCUCAGGAUUUCAUGAAGAAAUUCACGCAGGUGUUGGAAGAUGAUGAGAAAAUAAGAAAACAGUUGGAAGUACUUGUUAGUCCAACAUGUUCCUGCAAACAGGCUGAAGGUUGUGUGCGUGAAAUAACUAAGAAGUUGGGCAACCCCAAACAGCCUACAAAUCCUUUUCUGGAAAUGAUCAAGUUUCUUUUGGAGAGGAUAGCACCUGUGCACAUAGAUACUGAAUCUAUCAGUGCUCUUAUUAAACAAGUGAACAAAUCAAUAGAUGGGACAGCAGAUGAUGAAGAUGAAGGUGUUCCAACUGAUCAAGCCAUCAGGGCAGGUCUUGAACUGCUUAAGGUACUCUCAUUUACACAUCCCAUCUCCUUUCAUUCUGCUGAAACAUUUGAAUCUCUCCUGGCUUGUCUGAAAAUGGAUGAUGAAAAAGUAGCAGAAGCUGCACUCCAAAUUUUCAAAAACACAGGCAGCAAAAUUGAAGAGGAUUUCCCACACAUUAGAUCAGCUUUGCUUCCUGUUUUACAUCACAAAUCUAAAAAAGGACCUCCUCGUCAAGCCAAAUAUGCUAUUCAUUGUAUCCAUGCAAUAUUUUCUAGUAAAGAGACCCAGUUUGCACAGAUAUUUGAGCCUCUGCAUAAGAGCCUAGAUCCAAGCAAUCUGGAACAUCUUAUAACCCCAUUGGUUACUAUUGGUCAUAUUGCUCUCCUUGCACCUGAUCAAUUUGCUGCUCCUUUGAAGUCUUUGGUAGCUACUUUCAUUGUGAAAGAUCUUCUCAUGAAUGAUCGGCUUCCAGGAAAAAAGACAACUAAGCUUUGGGUUCCAGAUGAAGAAGUUUCUCCUGAGACAAUGGUCAAAAUACAGGCGAUUAAAAUGAUGGUUCGAUGGCUACUUGGAAUGAAGAAUAAUCACAGUAAAUCAGGAACUUCUACUUUAAGAUUGCUAACAACAAUAUUGCAUAGUGAUGGAGACUUGACAGAACAGGGGAAAAUUAGUAAACCAGAUAUGUCACGUCUGAGACUUGCUGCUGGGAGUGCUAUUGUGAAGCUGGCACAAGAACCCUGUUACCAUGAAAUCAUCACAUUAGAACAGUAUCAGCUCUGUGCAUUAGCUAUCAAUGAUGAAUGCUAUCAAGUAAGACAAGUAUUUGCUCAGAAACUUCACAAAGGCCUUUCCCGAUUACGACUUCCACUUGAGUAUAUGGCAAUCUGUGCUCUUUGUGCAAAAGAUCCUGUAAAAGAGCGAAGAGCUCACGCCAGGCAGUGUCUGGUAAAAAAUAUAAAUGUGAGACGCGAGUAUCUGAAGCAACAUGCAGCUGUUAGUGAAAAAUUAUUAUCUCUUCUACCAGAAUAUGUUGUUCCAUAUACAAUUCACCUUUUGGCACAUGAUCCAGAUUAUGUCAAAGUACAGGAUAUUGAACAACUUAAAGAUGUUAAAGAAUGUCUUUGGUUUGUUUUAGAAAUAUUAAUGGCUAAAAAUGAAAAUAACAGUCAUGCAUUUAUCAGAAAGAUGGUAGAAAAUAUUAAACAAACAAAAGAUGCCCAAGGACCAGAUGAUGCAAAAAUGAAUGAAAAACUGUAUACUGUGUGUGAUGUCGCCAUGAAUAUCAUCAUGUCAAAGAGCACCACGUACAGUUUGGAAUCUCCUAAAGACCCAGUACUACCAGCUCGUUUUUUUACUCAACCUGACAAGAACUUCAGUAACACCAAAAAUUAUCUGCCUCCUGAAAUGAAAUCGUUUUUCACUCCUGGCAAACCUAAAGCAACCAAUGUUCUAGGAGCUGUUAAUAAGCCGCUUUCAUCAGCAGGCAAACAAUCUCAGACAAAAUCUUCACGAAUGGAAACUGUGAGCAAUUCAAGCAGCAGCUCAAACCCAAGCUCUCCUGGAAGGAUAAAAGGGAGGCUUGAUAGUUCUGAAAUGGACCACAGUGAAAAUGAGGAUUACACAAUGUCUUCACCUUUGUCGGCGAAAAAAAGUGACAAGAGAGACGACUCUGAUCUUUCUGAAUUGGACAAACCUAGAAGCCGGAAAAAAACACCAGCCACUGAUUCAGAAGAGAAAUUAGGUAUGGAUGACCUGACUAAAUUGGUACAAGAACAGAAACCUAAAGGCAGUCAGCGUGGACGGAAGAGAGGCCAUACAACUUCAGAGUCAGAUGAGCCGCAAUGGCCUGAGGAAAAGAGACUCAAAGAAGAUUUGUUAGAAAAUGAGGAUGAACAGAAUAGUCCACCAAAAAAAGGUAAAAGAGGCCGACCACCAAAACCUCUUGUUGGGGGAGGUACAACAAAAGAAGAGCCAACAAUGAAAACUUCUAAAAAAGGAAGUAAAAAAAAAUCUGGACCUUCAUUAAUAGAAGAAGAGGAAGAAGAGGAAAGACAAAGUGGAAACACAGAACAGAAGUCAAAAAGCAAACAGCACCGAACUUCAAAGAGAGCACAGCAGAAAGCAGAAUCUCCUGAGACUAGUGCAGUUGAAUCCACACAAUCUAUACCACAGAAAGGACGAGGAAGACCAUCAAAAACGCCAUCACCAUCACAACAAAAAAAAAAUGUACGCACAGGACGCUCCAAACAAGCAGCCACUAAAGAAAAUGAUUCAAGUGAAGAAAUAGAUGUGUUUCAGGGUUGCUCUCCCGUCAAUGAUGAUAUUCCACAGGAAGAAACAGAAGAAGAAGAAGUUUCUACAGUAAAUGUACGGCGGAGAAGUUCUAAAAGAGAAAGGCGAUGA